AUGGCUCUCCAUCAGUUCGGCGUCUCGCUUGAGACAUACCUCAUGGCCAACCCCACACUCAAGGGCGUGAUUGUCAGUGCCGUGGUCCUCCACCAAGAUCACAUCCUCUUGAUUCAGCGCGCGGCAACAGAUGGCUUCCCCAACCUGUGGGAAACCCCCGGUGGCGGAGUUGACCUCGGCGACGAGACCCUCUCCCACGCCCUGGCACGUGAACUCCUCGAAGAGACUGGCCUUGCUCUCAACCAUGUCAUGGCACUGCUCGACCAACUCGAGUUCGAAGGAGCGUCAGGCGAAGGGCGAUAUCGGAAGCUCACCUUUCUUGUGUCUGUCGAGUCUACGCACAGUUUGCAGGAGCACCCGCAAGUUCGCCUUAACUCGACGGAGCACCAGGACUUUAUGUGGGUGUCAAAGGACCAUCUCCGCAUCGGGGUUUGCGGGGGAAGGGAGAUCAAGUUUGCUUAUCCUGGACAACUUGAAACUCUCUAUGCCGCCUUCGGAGCCGAUACAAAGACACAGACUGGGAUGGAAACACAAAGCGCAAUAAACGGGACAUGA